GGCGCGAGGCGCGCGGAGCCCCGAGGCGAAAAAGUAGCUGUCAAAUGCGCGGCGCGUCUCCCCGGCGCGCUCAGUCCGGCGCGGGGAGCCAUGGCGACCACAGCCUCUAACCACUACAGCCUGCUGGGCUCGGGCGCCGCGCUGGUGCACGCCGAGCCGCCGGGGGCCAUGCAGCCGGGCGCCGGCUACCGGGAGGCGCAGGCGCUGGUGCAGGCGGACUACGCGCUGCAGAGCAACGGGCACCCGCUCAGCCACGCGCACCAGUGGAUCACGGCGCUGUCCCACGGCGGCGGCGGCGGCGGCGACUCGCCCUGGGCCAGCAGCCCGCUGGGCCAGCAGGACAUCAAGCCCUCGGUGGGGCCGGGCGGCGGCCGGGCCGACGAGCUGCAGCAGGCGCCGCCGCCGCAGCAGCAGCCGCCGCCGCAGCAGCAGGGCCGGCCGCCGCACCUGGUGCACCACGGCGGCGGCCACCACGCCGCCGCCGUGGCCGCCGCCUGGAGGACGGGCGCCUCGGCGCACCUGCCGCCCGGCAUGGGCUCGGCCGGCGGCGGCCAGGCGGGGCUGCUGUACUCGCAGCCGCCCGGCUUCAGCGUGAACGGCAUGCUGGGCUCGGGCCAGCCCGCGCUGCACCACCACGGCCUCCGGGACGCGCACGACGAGCCGCCACACGGCGCGGAGCAGCACCCGGCGCCUCACGGGCCCCCGCAGCCGCAGCCACCGCCGCAGGCGCCGCCGCAGCAGCAGCAGCAGCACCCGGGCAGCGGCGGCGGCGGCGGCGGCGGGGGCGGCCACCCGCACCACCACCCGCACCACGCGCACCACCCCCACGAGCCGCACUCGGACGAGGACACGCCGACCUCGGACGACCUGGAGCAGUUCGCCAAGCAGUUCAAGCAGCGCCGGAUCAAACUGGGAUUUACCCAAGCGGACGUGGGCUUGGCGCUGGGCACGCUGUACGGGAACGUCUUUUCGCAGACCACCAUCUGCAGGUUCGAGGCCCUGCAGCUCAGCUUCAAGAACAUGUGCAAGCUGAAGCCUUUGUUGAACAAGUGGCUGGAGGAGGCGGACUCGUCCUCGGGCAGCCCCACCAGCAUAGACAAGAUCGCGGCGCAGGGCCGCAAGCGGAAAAAGCGCACCUCCAUCGAGGUGAGCGUCAAGGGCGCCCUGGAGAGCCACUUCCUCAAGUGCCCCAAGCCCUCCGCCCAGGAGAUCACCUCGCUGGCGGACAGCCUACAGCUGGAGAAGGAGGUGGUGAGAGUGUGGUUUUGUAACAGGAGACAGAAAGAGAAACGCAUGACUCCCCCGGGAGGGACUCUGCCGGGAGCCGAGGAUGUCUAUGGGGCAAGUAGGGACACGCCACCGCACCAUGGGGUGCAGACCCCCGUGCAGUGAACUCGCAGCGGGGGGAGGGCCCGGGGGGCUGCCCCCUCCUCCUCCUCCUCCUCCUCCUCCUCCAACUUUUGAUUCUUCUCGUUUUUAAUUUUAUUUCCCCCUCUCUUACACACACACACACACAUACACACACACAUACACACAGCUGAGCAGCUGCGCUGGACGAUAUAUCCUCUGAGCGGUAGCAGGUGUAAUGAUGUGUUUUGACCUUUACAGGCGAGUGCCCAUGCAAUGGAGUGGGAGUGAGUAUCGCGCACACAGCCACCAGGCAGGCAGCUAGCUACACACAGCCCGCCAGGCACUGGGAAGUGUUUUCCAAAAGCUGAAUUAACUGCAAGCAAGAGAGAGAGAGGAGAUAGAUAUAUUAAAAAACAAAAACAAAAAGAAUAGAUCCGCCAGAAAGCGCCAGGAAUCGGCCCCAAGCCCUGCUAAGCACAAAGGCAGCUUUAAUUUGGGAGCGAUGCUCAGUAUUUGGCACAUGGUUACUGUGUUUAUUUCCUGUGGAUCCCCGUUAGGAGUAAAAUAACGCUAGUCAUAAUAAAAAGAAACCCCUUUGGAGGUAGACAGUAUUUAACCAGAUACAUUUGCACUGCAAGAAAAUGGAAGUUUACAGAAACAAAUUCAUUUCUGUUCUUUUCUUUUCUUUUUCCCCCCCGCCUUGUUUUUGAAAAUGACUUGCAUUUUCCACGGUGAGCGUUAGCCAACCCUUGACCGGUCGACAAUUAUAUUACUGUGUUACAGCCCUUGCUUUAUGUGUAUAUAUGAAUUUCUGUUAUAAACCAGACUUCUUCAGUA